AUGCAUCGGUUCAGGACCUUAUCGAUCAUCCACACACAAAACGCCGUGUUUGAGUGUAUUUACGAUAACAACACAGCUAGCUCUGGCGGACAUGGAAGCAACACAGAUGGGGCCGAUACUAUCUACAGCUCUCACAUCACCUUCCGCAACUGGACCGUUGACAAUGGCGACGAUAGCCUAAGUCUAAAGCUAAUUCGACGGAUAUUUCUAUCUAUGAUUGCAAGUUCUACAAUGGGCUCGCGCUUGCACGCAAAGGGGAACACUUACAACAACACUCUACAUGCCGCAUACUUUAAAACAUGGACAGGAGAGCAAGUGGGAUAUCCGCCAAAUGGAGCCGGCGGAGGCCUUGGUUUCGCGGCCGAUCUACUGUUUGAAGACAUGCAAGCAACUAAUUUACGCAGCGCACCAUUUACCAUCUCACAAUGUACAACCUUCAGUGAUACGGAGGGAAACUGUACAUCUUCCAAAUUCGAGAUCUACGAUAUUUCAUUCAAAUCGAUACAAGGCACCACCGAGGGCACCGCCGACGUGGCUAGUUUUCAGUGCAGCGCGGUCAAACCAUGCAGAAAUAUCAUGAUCACAGAUAUUGAUCUUGUUGUGGCUUCCAACGGUACUAAUGUGAAUUAG